GGGGCGGGGCUAGUGGACGCCAUCGCCGUGCUACCGGCCGGCUGCGUGCUGGUCAGCACCGAGCGCCGCGGUGUCCCCGCCUAGUCCCCGCGGCGGCGCGCAGCCGGCCUGGGCGGCGGCAGCCCGGGAUGCGGAGGCGGCGGCUCGUAGAGACGAUGCUCCAGCGCUGAGGAGACGCGGCAGCCGAGCGCCGGCGGCGCAGCGACGUGGGCCGCAUGGCGCAGCCCUCAAGCCCGGGCGGCGAGGGGCCGCAGCUCGGCGCGACAGGGGACCCGCGCGACGCGCUGAGCUUGGAAGAGAUCCUGCGGCUCUACAACCAGCCCAUCAACGAGGAGCAGGCGUGGGCCGUGUGCUUCCAGUGCUGCGGCUCCCUGCGCGCCGCCGCCCGCCGCCAGCCCCACCGCCGCGUGCGCUCGGCCGCGCAGAUCCGCGUCUGGAGGGACGGCGCCGUCACCCUGGCGCCCGCCGCGGACGAGGAGGGAGAGCCGCCCCCUGCCUCCGGUAAAUUGGGAUAUUCACAUUGUACAGAAACAGAGGUUAUCGAAUCCCUGGGAAUUAUUAUUUAUAAAGCACUGGACUAUGGCUUGAAGGAAAAUGAAGAGAGGGAGCUGAGCCCUCCUCUCGAGCAGCUCAUCGACCAAAUGGCCAAUACCUCGGAGGCGGAUGGAAGCAAUGAUGAAGGGUACGAGGCAGCAGAUGAAGGCCCAGACGAGGAAGAUGGAGAGAGGAGAAGCAGCGCAGCCAUUCGGUCCUAUCAAGAUGUCAUGAAGAUAUGUGCUGCUCAUCUCCCCACUGAGUCGGAGGCACCGAAUCAUUAUCAGGCAGUAUGUCGGGCACUGUUUGCAGAAACCAUGGAACUGCAUACGUUUCUGACCAAAAUUAAGAGUGCGAAGGAGAACCUUAAGAAGAUUCAAGAAAUGGAAAAGAGUGAUGACUGUAGCACAGAUCUGGAGGACCUGAAAAAUGCAGACUGGGCACGGUUCUGGGUACAGGUGAUGAGGGAUUUGCGAAAUGGGGUAAAACUUAAGAAAGUCCAACAGCGGCAGUACAACCCAUUGCCCAUUGAAUACCAGCUCACCCCGUAUGAGAUGCUCAUGGACGACAUUCGGUGCAAAAGAUACACCUUGAGAAAAGUAAUGGUAAAUGGUGACAUUCCCCCUCGGUUAAGAAAGAGUGCUCAUGAGAUCAUCCUCGACUUCAUCAGAUCAAGACCCCCUUUAAAUCCAGCUUCAGCCAGAAAACUGAAACCAACCCCACCACGGCCACGGAGCCUCCAUGAAAGAAUACUAGAAGAAAUUAAAGCAGAAAGAAAGCUUCGGCCUGUCUCACCAGAAGAAAUUAGACGGAGCAGACUAGCAGUUCGGCCACUUAGCAUGUCUCACAGUUUUGACUUGUCAGAUGUUACUACACCAGAAUCUCCAAAGAAUGUGGGGAAAUCAUCUGUGGUGAAUGGAGACUUAACAUCUCAAACGAAAGAAAAUGGGCUGGGUGCUGCCCAGCCGGGGCCUGCACAGCCAAAGAGGCUCCUCAAAGCCCCGACGCUGGCUGAGCUGGACAGCUCUGACUCUGAGGAGGAAACUCUGCACAAGUCAACCAGCAGCAGCAGUGCAUCUCCCUCCCUCUAUGAGGACCCAGUACUGGAGGCCAUGUGCUCCAAGAAGAAGCCUCCAAAAUUCUUGCCCAUCUCAUCAACACCCCAGCCCGAGAGAAGGCAACCACCACAGAGGCGCCACUCCAUUGAGAAGGAAACUCCUACAAAUGUGAGGCAGUUUCUGCCCCCAUCCAGGCAGAGCUCACGUUCUCUUGUUCCUAGGAUAACCAGUGUAUGGCCAAGGACGCCUUUCCGACCACUUUUCUCUGCCAUACAAACAGCUUCUCUGCUGAGCUCUCAUCCUUUUGAAGCAGCCAUGUUUGGGGUAGCAGGGGCUAUGUAUUAUCUGUUUGAGAGAGCUUUUACCAGCAGGUGGAAACCCUCAAAGGAGGAAUUCUGCUACCCAGUGGAAUGCCUCGCUCUCACUGUGGAGGAAGUGAUGCACAUUCGUCAGGUCCUGGUGAAAGCGGAGCUGGAAAAGUACCAACAGUAUAAGGAUGUCUACACUGCCCUGAAAAAAGGAAAGCUCUGCUUCUGUUGCCGAACCCGGAGGUUUUCCUUCUUCACCUGGUCCUACACCUGUCAGUUCUGUAAGAGGCCCGUGUGCUCACAGUGUUGCAAAAAGAUGCGGCUGCCUUCGAAGCCAUACUCCACUUUACCUAUCUUCUCUUUGGGACCUUCUGCCUUGCAAAGAGGGGAAAGUUGUUCGAGGUCAGAAAAACCUUCUACUGGUCACCAUCGGCCGCUUCGAAGUAUUACCAGAUUCUCUUCAAAAUCAAAGUCUGUGGACAAAUCAGAUGAAGAACUCCAGUUUCCCAAAGAGUUCAUGGAAGAUUGGAGCACAAUGGAGGUGUGUGUAGACUGCAAAAAGUUCAUUUCAGAGAUCAUCAGCUCAAGCCGGCGCAGCCUGGUGUUGGCCAACAAAAGAGCCAGGUUGAAAAGGAAGACACAGUCUUUCUACAUGUCCUCAGCGGGCCCCUCGGAGUACUGCCCUUCAGAACGGACUAUCAACGAGAUCUGAGCCCUGUGCCUUCCCGUUCUUUGUGUCCAGAGGCGGGCAGUGCAGCAGGGCUGCAGGACUGACUCUCUUCCCAGGGGUUUACUUCCCAGGCUCCGUCGGCAGCAGCUCAGGCUUGGGCUGUACCAUGAGACACAGACUCAAGGCUGUAUUCCUAUCAGCUGAUGGUACGCGGCAGGUCAGCCACUUGUUCAUUUGCACUCAGAAAGCCUAAAACUUGAUUUUGUGUAUGUGAGUAGGGAAGCCAGAAACUUCCUUAGUUCGGUUCCUCAAUGUUCUUCGGAUAAUUUCCUGACUAAGGCAAAAAGCUUCUUGUGUGUGAAGUCAGUCUGCUGGAGUGUUGACGUUAGCACAGUUGUAAGCAGUAAGUCACACUGCAUUCCACACCACAGUGUCCCUAUCUCAUGCACAGACAGAGUGGCCCAAAGCCCUGCCACACACCGGCUCCCUGGGGUGGGCCAGGUUGGUUCAGUCUCACAGCACAAGUCUAGAAGGCCUUGAUGAUAAUUCUCUUUUGGGGCUCUGCUACAUCCAGUGCGGAACAAUCAUGUAAGCUGUACACUGCAUGGGUAGCCACUUCUCUGAGCUCGGGGUCUGCCCAGGCACAAGCCUCAGUGUUUCCUGAGCUGCUAACAGGCCUAUUGUGAAUGUAUUACGGUUUUGGAUAGUUUUAUAACACAUGUCUAAGAAUUAAGACUUUGUGGACGUUUGAGGAAAAAGGAAGACUACAGUUUUGUCAAGCAGCUGAGCAGGUGUGGUAACUGAUAGGCUGUAACAGCAGGGGUGCCAGCAGAAAGGAGCUGUGUCUCCUACCUUUUCACCUACAUUUUCCAUAACUUUAUAGUGUGGCCAUCGUGACUAAAUUAACCACAGUUUGGUACCUGAGUCUCAAACUGAAAUUUAUUUUUAUAAAUGAAUUUUAAAAGAAAAACCUUGGCUGUUUUAAAAUUUCAAGAAAAUUAAUCUGCUGCCAUGCAUAAUUUUUUGAUGCUUUUUGCACUAGUUGUCUUGUAAAUGUCACUGAGUUUCUGAUGAAGGGUGACUGACAGGUAGUGUUGUGUGCCUGAAAUUCCUCAGCUCCUGUGACACAUAUCAUGGCUGCCCCUCACUUCCACAAGCUUAGUUAGAAAUAACCAGUCAACCAAAUCACCACUAAUGUUUGGAAAAUGAUGUAAAGCACAUGCACAGUCUAACUCCUGAAAGCUAUAAAAACCCACCAUCGUAAUCACCACUGAUGACAGUUCUGUUUAAUAAAAGGCAUGACAGCUGCAUUUCAUACCAACAUCCAGACAGUAACAUUUCCCAUUAAAUUGACAGCAACACCUCAGAAAUGCUCCAACAGUCAUUUCUAAUGCACUGGAAUUUAUAGUUUAGUAAAUGGCUUUAAAUUCCUUAUACUGACGAAAUAAACUUUACCAGUUGACUGAUUUAAUGCAUGUUAGUAGUUCAUCUGUAUGCAUGUAGAAGUGGGCCGCCAGAAAACCCUCACAUUCCAGCUAUUUUUAAGACUAAGAGCUGUAAAAAUUGCAGUGUGUGAAUUCCGUUUCUACAGUUUUCCUGAAGACCACCAGAACUUUAGACUGCAGUUAGGUGGGACCACUGCUGCUAUGGCCCCAGGUCUGUAUUCUAAAAUGAUCUCCUGGAAGGAAGCAAGGAAGAAGGAGUAUACCUGUGUGGGUUUAUAAGCAUGCAUAUAGGGUAACAUGCUUCUGCAAAAUGGUGACUAGUGUUUGACUUCCCACGUAAGAUACGGAGCCCACAACUCCACAAGUGAAAAUUGUAUUCACAUUCACAACUCAGUGAUCUAGUAACUGUCACACAUUUGACUCCAUUCCUUCAGGCGCACAGCACUGUGCACAGUGUUUUGAACAUUACGGCCCCUUGUACCAGAACAUCAGGAUAUAAAUUCUUCAGCACAUUAAUGGAUUUGCCAACUGUGUUAGGAGUUCAAGUAUAUGCCAUGCCCAGUAAACAACCUGCAGGGAAUAGUGGAAAAAAUGGCAGGUGGCAAGGUAGAAAUUACAGAAAUAAAAUUAACAUUGUUUGGGAGACACCAAAAAAAAAAAAAUGUGCAUUUAACUGUGUCUUUUCUGCAAGACUGACUCUUCCCCUCAGCACUCAUACUAAACUAGGGUUCCAUAGGCUAGGGCUUUGGCCAGAGAGCGGGUGCUGCCAGUGUGGCUCGAUUAAAGUCCUAGCUGACAACAGUUAGAGUUUCCUGCUCCUCCAGUAACCUUGUGCAGGGCCCCUUGUCCUGCUUCCCUGCUGUGUUGCUCUCUCCGAUCAACAGUUGUUUAUGGCUGACCCCAGAGUCCGAUGCCUCUCCUGGAUACAGCUGUACGUCGUUCCUGAGCCUCCAAGUGUGAGCACCAACCAGUGGUCCCAUGUCCCUGAGGUCGAGUAUGUAAAACUGCUGUAAAUAUUGUAACAUACUCAUUAAUAUUUGAAAGGCAUUUUGUCAUUGGCAAUGGAAAUUAAUUCUCCCAAGAUAAGUAAAAUUAAAUAAUUGAUUUGCACAUUGA